ACAAACGCACGACUAAAAACAUAAAAAAGUUGAUGCGAAAUUUCAUUUAAAAAAUUAAUUUAAUAAAAUUUAUUAAAAAUGCCCGUCGAUCACAAACGAAUAAAUGGACCCGAGGCGUCACUUUCGUACAAAUUAUAUUCCGUGGAUUACCUGAAAGCGCUUGAGAAGGAAAUUGAACGUACCGACAGAGGCAAUGAGGAGCCCCGAAAGAUUUUUCUCGAGAGCGGAAUUCUCAGUAAUGCCCGCGGUUCGGCCUACAUCGAAAUGGGAAAUACCAAAGUUACCGUCGCCGUGUUCGAUCCGCGUGAAAUUCCGAAAAAUAACAAACAUCGUGAGGAAGGAAUUCUCUAUUGUUACUUCAAAUUUGCUUCUUUUUCGUGUGCAAAAAGGAAAUUGCCUCAACCGGAUUCUGAUGAAAAAUCUUAUGCCCUCGCCUUAAAAAGGGCUUUGCAACCUGCUGUCUGUCGAUACACUUUUCCCAACUUCCAAGUCGAUGUUUUCGUGAAUGUGCUUGAAAAUGACGGAUCUGCGUUAGCUGCGGCGAUAACAGCAGCUGGAUUAGCUCUCGCUGACGCCGGAAUCCCCAUGUAUGACGUCAUCACAGGAGCUUGUAUCGGCAUUAAAGAUGACAAAAUGUUCGUUGAUCCAACGGCGAAUGAAGAAGAAAUUUGCUCGUUGGUUGGAAAAACGCACGGAACGAUGACAGUUGCUCGUCUCUCGAAGCUCGAACAGAUUUCGGAAAUUUAUCAAGCGGGUUGCUUGUCUUUGGAAGCGAUUGAAAAGGCUUUAGAAAUGUUAAAAUCCGUAAAUGAAGAAAUUGCUCCGUUAGUUCAACAAAUAAUCGUGAAAAAAGUGGCGAAACAGGUAAAAGCGAACAAAUUGGAGCAAGAAAAAAUGGAUGUCACAGAAAUAAAAGAUGAAAAAGAUUAA